UGUAAAACGACUGUCUCGACGAUAACUGAUGAUAACGCUCAGACAAAUGACGGCGACAGUCAUUUGCUUUUCAUUAUAAAAAUACCGAUAUAGCGCCUGAGAAGCAGACUGUGAUACGUUGAUUGUUGCGUUGUGUUGUGUUGCAAUGUAAACAAAAAAUGGACGUGGAGUUUUUGAAAUACAAAUUCCGAGAUGGCUACAACGGAGUUAUCACUCAAACGAAGUGGCAGGUGGGCGUACGGCACGUGCAAAUUACCUACAUGGUUUUGUGCGCGGCGGCACUGGGCGCCCUGCGGGCUAGCGCCGGCGUCGCGCUGCUCGCCCUAACUGACGCCUCGAGACAGAACAACUCCUACGUUCAAGCGUGGGAUGUGGGCGAUCGCGGCGCAGCGCUGUGGGCGUUCUUCAGCGGGCACGCGCUGGCGCUGCUGCCCGCCGAGCUGUACCUGCCGCGCCUCGGAGACAAGUUCGUUGUCACCGCUGUGCUUCUCAUCAACGGGAGCCUAAACGCUGCUAUGCCUACCAUUGUUAACAGGGGCGGCUGGACAGCGCUUUGCAACGCUUACUUCCUGAUGGGCAUGACGCAGCCCUGCCUGGCCCCCGUCAACCGCGCCUUGCUCGACAACUGGUUACCGCCCAUAGAGUGGCAGACGGCUGCUUGUAUUAUAGAUACAGGUAGUUAUGUAGGCAUGAUACUGGCCCUGCCGGCAUCGAGCUGGCUGAGCGGAUCACGGCUGGGCUGGGAGCUGGUCGCCUAUGCGCAGGCAACGCUGGCGCUCUCGCUGGCCGUGUUGUGGUCGCUGCUUACGGCCGCCUCUCCCGAGCAGCACCACGCCUGCCCCGAUGCCGAGAGGGAGUACAUAAAGGAUGCCUCAGCGGAAUGCCGAAAGAAGAGGCAGUGUGUUCCGUGGCGCAGCAUGCUGCGUUGCCGGCGCGUGGUGGGGCUGACGCUAGCGCACGCCGCCAACAACGCUCUCUUCAUCUUCUACUUAGUGGACGUACCACUGUACCUUAAGUCCACAGGACUCUCGCUGCUACAGUGUGGAGUGCAAGCAAUGAUUCCCUUCGUAGCUUUACUAAUGCUGGUCACGACCACUGCCCCAACAAUCGGUUGCUUGUUGAAGUCCAAUAUGAUGGCUCACGUAUUCAAUAUUACAUACAUCAAGAAAGUGAUCAACGCUAUUGGAACUGUAUCUAUCGUGGCUGGAUUAGCAAUGGCAACCAACAUGCCGGAGCAAUGGAGCUAUUUAAGGCUUUGCGUGUUAACUGUUACGCUGGGAUUACUUACCUUCCAGUAUGCCGGCUUCAUUGAAAAUGUUCGUGAUUUAAGUGAGAAUUAUCGCGGUACACUGAUCGUAAUAACCAGCGCCUUUUCCAGUGUCGUAGGCGCAGUAGUGCCUCUGGGUACUGGGAUGAUUCUCAGAAAUGACGAGAAUAAACCCGAUGCAUGGCGUGUCGUGUUCUGUUCUAUAGCGAGUGUGUACGGCGUGUGCAGCAUGGGGGGGAGCGCGUUGGGCGACGCGGGGCUUGCGCUGUGGGACCGCAUGACGGGGGGCGCCAGGGGUCACGACUUCGCCUACCACAACACCGGCCUCAGUCCCGAAGAAGCAAGUCAAUUGGAAUUACUAGAUAUGUACCCGAAGAAGCCGAUAGCUGGGAUAGCUGGAACACCGAGCGAAACUAUUGCCUGACCUAAAUACAUACGAACUCGUUAUUACCGAAGUUGUAAAAUUUUUUGAUGUUGUUAUAUUUUUUAUUAUGACUAUUUAAGACA